CUGGACCAACAGGCAGUUAGCAUCGCCCAUCAUUGAAUUCACAAUGAGGUGCUUAGUUCUCCUGUUGGCUUUCGUGGCUUUUGCUAGCUGCAGCAGUGGCAGACAUGCUGCUGACCAAGAUCUCCUCAGCAAGCAGCAAGAUGUGAUCCAGCUGCUGCAAAAUAUCGGCCAGGAAAUUCCGAACCAUCAACUUCAAGAACUCGGCAUUAACUAUGACAUUACAAACAACGCUUUACAAUACACCAACCCAAUCAUUGUGAAAUACUAUGCUGGCGUGGUCCAGGCUGGUUUAGUCCAACCAAAAGGCACCGUCUACACCAGCAGCAUCAGCCAGCUCCGUAAAGAAGUAGCCCUUCUUUACAGAAUUUUGAUGGGCGCCAAGAACUACCAAACGUUCUUGCAGACUGCUGCAUGGGCUCGCGUGAACGUCAACGAGGGACAAUUUGUCAAGGCUUUGAUCGGUGCCGUUUUGAUGCGCCCGGACACCAAGGGCAUCAUUCUCCCGCCGUUGUACGAAAUCUUGCCCCAAUACCACUUGGACGCUAGAAUCAUCCAAGAAGCUCAGGACAUUGGCAUCCAAAAUAUCCAACAAGGCAGCCAACAACAAAACAUCCACGUGAUCCCAGCCAACUACUCUGCUCUGCUGUCCGAGAGCGAACAGAAGGUCUCCUACUUCACUCAGGACGUCGGUCUUGCUUCUUACUAUGGCUACCUCAACCUCGUCAACUCCAUCCUGGGAGAAGACGAUCAACAACAACAACAGCAACAGCCCCUGACCCAGCAACAGUACCAGCAACAGAUCGUCGGUAGAUACUUACACCAAGUUGGACAGGACCAACAGAACAUCGUCGGCCACGGAGCCAAAUACCUGUACCUCCACCAACAACUUCUGGCUCACUACGAACUGAACCGUCUCACCUGCGGACUCGCCCCAAUCCAAGAGAUCGACUACAACAACAUCAACUCCGAAUACCACCCGCAUCUUCGUGCUCUGAACGGUCUUGAGUUCCAAAGCCGCCCGGCGAACCUCCAACUCCAACCGCUGAAGAACAAGCUUAUCCAACAUGUCAUCAUGCUGGAGCAAAGAUUAAUGGACGCUAUCGACUCUGGACACGUGAUCACUCCCCAGGGCAUCUUCCUGUCUCUUUACCAACCACAGGGUGUCGACAUUCUUGGUAACCUGAUCGAAGGUGGUGGCAAGAGCGUCAACCCAAGAUACUACGGAAGUCUCCAGGCUGCAGCCCGCAAACUCCUCGGCAAUGUCCCCGAAACCCAACAGCUCGGAGAAACGCCGUCGGUUCUCGAACUUGGCCAGACCGCUGUCAACGACCCGGUCUUCUACAAGCUCUACAAGAAGGUCAUGAAUCUUUACAACAAGUACCAGCAAUCCCUGCCGGCUUACCAAUGGAACGAGCUUAUCCUCCCUGGAGUGACCAUCCAAGACGUCGACAUCAGCGAGCUCAUCACCUUCUUCAACGACUACUAUCUUGACCUUAGCGCCACCGUUCCCCAACUUGGCCUGCAACAACAGCAACAACAGCAACAGCAACAGCAACAGAAGGUUCUGGCUCAGCUGAAGAGACUGGAUCACAAACCAUACCAGUACCAGAUCAACGUGAUCAGCAAGCAAGCAGUACCCAACUCUGUCAUUCGUGUAUUCCUCGGACCUAAAUUUGACCACCAGGGCCAGAAAAUCAACAUCGCCGAGAACCAUCAGUCGUUCGUUCAACUUGACCAGUUCGUUUACGAUCUCGCCCAGGGCCAGAACGUCAUCGUCAGAAACUCCCAGCAGGCUUCAGGCUUGAGCCACGACUGGCCAUCGAUCCAGGAGAUCCAACAGGGUGUCCACAGUGCUAUGAGCUCCCAGGGACCGUUCUACGUCACCAAGCCCCACCAGAUCUUCAGCUUCCCCGCUAGACUGUCUCUACCUAAGGGACAACCUCAAGGCUUCCCUCUGCAAUUGCUGGUCGUGAUCUCCGCUCCAGGCCCGUUGAACGUUCCCUAUGGUCCGGUGAACUCGCACGAGACCGUGUCCUACCAGACCCAACAAUACCAGAUUGUCAGCCCUGAGCAGUACCAACAACUGCAACAGCAACAGAGCCAGCUGCCCCAUGUGUCCGGCAUCCAGCAGACUCUAGAGGUUCUGCCCGAGAGCUGGAUGAAUUCUCCGUUACACAUUCAGAACGCUCUGAACAAAGUACUCGGCAAACAAUCCUGGUUAGGUCAACAAGGCAUCCAGCAAGGCAGACAGCAGAUCCCCAUUCAGACACAUGUCUCACAGGUUGGCCAGAAUAUCCAAGGCGUCCAACUGGGUAUGCAAGGUGUACCAAACGUGCAGCAACAAGGCGUGGUAGGUCUCCAGGGUGUCCAGGGAUUACAGUCUGGAAUUCAGGGUAUUCAGGGUGUCCAGGGAUUGCAAUCUGGAAUCCAAGGUGUCCAGGGUCUGCAUAACGUACAGGGUCUUCAGGGAACACAGCAGGGUAUCCAGGGCGUGCAGCACGGUGUCCAGGGUGUGCGAGGCGUGCAGGGUCUUCAAGGAAUACAGCAGGGUGUCCACGGUGUGCACCAAGGUGUCCAGGGUGUGCAGCAAGGUAUCCACGGUGUGCAGCAAGGUGUUCAGGAUGUACAGCUCGGAGUCCAGGGACUUCAGAAGUUGCAGCAAGGUGUCCAGCAAGGCGUGAUCUCGGGACUGAACAGUCCCAGCCCGUACCAGCAGUCGGUCCAGGGAGGCUGGCAGAGCCAAAUCACUGGCGGAAUCGCUAGCGGCGUCAUCAACGGACAAUUGUACGGCAGCGGCUCCGUCAACAACGUUGCCAGCGGACAGCUCCAUGCCGGUGGCUUCCAGUACGUCCACGCUCAGCAGCACACGGUUCAGGACCAGACCGUCCAAGAAUACUACAAGAACCAGCCCAUUCAAGACAUCAUCGGCGGCACGAUCUCCCUCGACGGCAAGCCGCUCGGCUUCCCCUUGGACCGACCUCUGAGCCUCGGCGCUCUCGGCGUCCCCAACAUCUUCGUCAAGGACGUCUUAGUCUACCAUGUGGGUCAGCCCACCAACGAAAUCACUCAGUAAACGUUGCCUACCGUUGAGCUGAGUAGCUCCGGAGGACAAUCGUGUAACGUUAACGUCAGGCAAAACACAAAGGUUUAUUGAAGUAGCAUUUAUAAUGAAUAAAUUGCUUCGUUGAGCAAA